GCCCCGGGAGAGAUCCGUCACCCAGCUGACAGGACUGCGAGAUCAGUGGGCAUUCGGCGAGGGUCCAAGACACGCCUGUGAGAGGGGAGGCACAGAAAGGAGGCCCCUUGCAGGAGGCCCACAGAUGUGACGACUGUCCUGGCCCAAGGACUCUGCCAGACCUUCUCCACCUCCUGCUGGGCCCCGAGACCCCAGCCCCAUCCCCGCCCGGCAUCCGCCCCCAGCGCCCAGUGUCGAGGAGGCUGCCUGGGGCCCAGGGUACCUGACCCAGAGGAAAGAUGGCUUCGGCUGGCCUGGAACUGCUGGGCAUGACCCUGGCCGUGCUGGGCUGGCUGGGGACACUGGUGUCCUGCACCCUGCCCCUGUGGAAGGUGACCGCCUUCAUCGGCAACAGCAUCGUGGUGGCCCAGGUGGUGUGGGAGGGGCUGUGGAUGUCCUGCGUGGUGCAGAGCACCGGCCAGAUGCAGUGCAAGGUGUACGACUCGCUGCUGGCGCUGCCCCAGGACCUGCAGGCGGCCCGCGCUCUCUGUGUCGUCGCCCUCCUGCUGGCCCUGCUCGGCCUGCUGCUGGCCAUCACGGGCGCCCAGUGCACCACGUGCGUGGAGGACGAAGGCGCCAAGGCCCGCAUCGUGCUCACCGCGGGCAUCCUCCUCGUCCUGGCGGGAAUCCUGGUGCUCAUCCCCGUCUGCUGGACGGCCCACGCCAUCAUCCAGGAUUUCUACAACCCCCUGGUGGCUGAGGCCCUCAAGAGAGAGCUGGGGGCCUCCCUCUACGUGGGCUGGGCGGCGGCCGCCCUGCUGAUGCUGGGUGGGGGGCUGCUGUGCUGCACGUGCCCCCCACCGGUGGAGCGGCCCCAAGGGCCACGGCUGGGCUACUCCAUCCCCUCGCGAUCGGGUGCAUCCGGGCUGGACAAGAGGGACUACGUGUGAGGCCAGGGCACGGCUGGCACCCUCCAACUGCACCAGGCCUUCUGCUCUCGGAGAUCCUGCUCUACCCACCAGCCCCCUUCCCCAGGCGAACCCCCCAGAGGUGUCUCCACCCACAAAGGGAUCACCCUGGCCUGCCCUCCCCCCUACAGAUUCUUCAUCUUCCCUGUUGGGGCUGAGCUUCCCCUGUCCCAGGGACCAGGCCACACGCAAGGGGCAAUGGCUCCUCAGGUCCCAAACAAGGAGCUGAUCGUGUCCUCGCCACCCUGGAGAAUGGGUCCCCCUGGCCAGGCCACCAUCAGCAUCUGAGGCCCAGAGCAGGGCCUCCUCUGCUUGGAACCACUCUCCACCCUGCCCCAUGAAUCGGAAAUAAAGUCAUUGGUAACUUGG